AUGGACUCAAUGCGGUCACUUAACAAAUCACUCCCGUCAACCUCUACCGCACAACCACCAGAACUCCUGCUACAAGCAUUUAAAACCGCCGCCCUAUCCGUCACCAAUCUCUACAAGAAUGCGGUAUCAGACCAAGCACAGUCACGACAUCUUGGAUAUCAGGAUGCCCUGGAAGAUCUCCGAGCACUCUUGGAUAAAGAAAAAAUAGGCCUCAGCGAUGGCGAAGGGCUGAGGAUUCGAAACUGGGUUAUGGAUAAGAUCGAUAUGACCGGGACAUCGUCAAACGACAGUGAUGAUGAUAAAGCGGACACAGACAAAGGGCACCGGGCAGCGUCACCUGUUGUCAUGCGUAAAACAAACGCCGAUACCACGACUCCAAAGCCACAGCCACUACAGCAACCCGAACCGCAAUCAAGACAGCCAUCCGAAGCUCCUACUCCACAGCCAACGCCCAUACCUGCCGACCCUAUUGCUAUCGUACCUCCCCGAACCGCUGCAUUCACGUUUACCGCCGGUCAGAGUCUACCCAUGCAAGAAGAUAUUGAUAUGAAAGCGGGGAUGGAUAACUCCUCUUCGCUGUCGAACGAUCCACAAAUUACCGCCUCACACCCGUCUCACCCUCCGGUCAGAUUAGAAGUACACUCCCGCCCGCCUCGAACACCACACCGCCAUGGAAACGGAAACCGCCAUAAUUCUCGCUCCAUCAACCGGGACGCAACUCCUGGCGCCGGGUCAAAACGAAAAUUCCACUUUGGCGAGUUUUUCGAUAUCUCUAAUUUAGGAAACGGUCGGGAUCCAUUUGGAGGGCCUAAACGUGGCCGCUUUUUAUAA